UUUCCGGACUCGUUCCAACAUGCGCAACACAUUGCUGACUUCUAUCUUGGGCAAAACAAAAACAGUACCGAAGAGUGGAGUUUGUUGACUUUAGAAUCACGUUUUAUAAUAACUUUUGUAAAUGAGACGAAUGUCUUCAGAGGAGGACCAGGAUGUGUUUGAAAUCACAGAUUUCACUACAGCAUCUGAAUGGGAAAGAUUCAUUUCGAAAAUUGAAGAAGUGUUUCAUGAAUGGAAAUUGCCUCAACAUAACUCUGCUCCUCCUUUGAAGAAGGGUGAACUGACAGAUGGAGUAUGGAUGGAAAAACGAGAACAGCUUAUGUUUGCAUCUUUUCAAUUUGAGGCAGUGCAUCAUUGCCUGAAACCUUCAGAUACACAAUCUACUUCAGCUGAAGAUGACAAUGAGUGCCUGCCAUAUUGCCUGAAUGAUAUGAUGUCAAGAGAGAAUGACUUUCCACCAAAAGCUCAUUGCCUUGUUAGAUGGUAUGGUGUCCGUGAAUUUGUGGUUAUCCAUCCAGCGAAAGCAAAUGAUGCUAUUAUGACAGAAGAUAGAACAAAAAUGCUCCUUAGCUCUAUUACUAUUGCCAUCAACAGUACUAAUUGCCAAAUUCCUGUAUUUGUGCAACUGCAGCAGAUGCGUCAGAAAUACUUUCUGGGAGUUUGUGAAGGAGGUGGAGUACGGACAUCUUUUGACAUGAUUCAUUUGCAUCGACCCUUUCCUCAGUUGCAACAUACUCAAGGCCUUUUACAGUUAUUUAAAGGAAAGCUGGGCUUUUCUGCCAUUCCUCCGGUAACUGUAUCAAUCCGCUUUACAUAUGUACUCCAGGACUGGUCUCCAUGCAGUUGGCCUCAGCCUCCUCCAGAAUUGGAUGAGUUAGGUGAAGAUAUCACUCCUACAGAUAUUGGUCGGCUUCCUUGUGGAGCAUUAGAAGAUCCUGUAUUAGAAUUCCAUUUGUCAGUGACAUGGCCAUAUUUCUUUGAAAAUACCAUUGUUGACAAUGAUGUGCAUUCAGAUUUGAACCCAGUGUUUUCUCCAAAGUGGUCAAUGCGUAUGAAAACAUCAGAAAAACCUGUUUGUUCAAUGGCUGAUUAUUUGAAAGAAUUUUCAUCUAUUUUGCAAGGAUUUUAUUCUGAAAACCAACUUUUAGGAAACAUCCCACCAGAAGAAAAUGAAAUGGAUGUGACUCAAGCUUUGGACAAACUUGCUGGACCUAAUGUCAAUGUCCUUCCCAAUCUUGCUGGGCUGAGACGUCCUGCCCGUUUCCAAGACCAGUGGACCAUUAGUGAAGAAGUAUUGAUUAAAAUUCUUCAAUAUAUUUUUCCAGACUCUGCUCCUACUCCUGCAGAACCAGACUUUGAUGAAUGGAAAGACACAACGAAUUCCAUCAGUGCCUUGGAAAAUAGGGCUGCUUUUGCAAGAAUCCAGGAACAUUUGCGCAAUUUCAAAAGUGCACCAGAAGGCAGUCUAACAUGGCGACUUGCAUUGGCUAUGUGCCAUGUUCAUCAUAGCUAUGGGGGCUUACCAGCUGUAGCACAACUUUGGCAAGAUUUUCUGCUUGAAAUGCGUCAUCGUUGGGAGAACAAUUACACACUGCCCUGCCUAGAUCCCGGUUCUCCUAACAUGACCCAUUGCCUUCUGCACCAGAAAUUGCAGAUGCUAAACUGUUGCAUUCAGCGUAAGAAGAGCCGCGAGUGGCAGCAACAAGAGGAAGUGAGCGAGAGCGAGGACGAAGAGUUCUUUGAAUGCGAGACGGCCUCUAUUUCCUCAUUCGACGGAACAUCACGGAAACGAUUGCCCGAAGGCCGACUUAUGCAACUGGGAGAUCUGAAGCUACUACACCAUGAUGAUGAGCCUCUUUACAUUCCAAUUACGCAGGAGCCUGCACCUUUAACGGAAGACCAGUUAGAGGCACAGGCUGAUGUGCUGGUGCGGUUGGGAACUCAUGCUGAGGGAGCAGCACUCAGAGCGCGCAUGCAAAGUGCUUCCCUAACUUCCGAUAUGGAGGCUUUCAAGGCUGCAAAUCCAAAAGCAUCACUUGAAGAUUUUGUUCGAUGGUAUUCUCCUAGAGAUCUAAUUGAAGAACAGAAAGUAGAUGAAGAGACAGGGAAACCAAUCACUACAUACCAUCUGAGUGCACGCAUGCUUCUUCCUGGUAAUAUGUGGCUAGAAUCUUGGGAAAGUGCUCGUGCGGUUCCAGCUCGUAGGCAAAAGAGGCUCUUUGAUGACACUAAAGAAGCAGAAAAAGUUCUUCACUUUCUAGCCUCAGCAAAGACAUCAGAUGUUGUCAAUUAUUUGAUGCCUAUGUUAGUGCACUCAGCUAUUCUUCAGUUAGCAGAAGAAGAAGAGUGUCCCCAGUCUCUUCCAUUGAAAUUAGAAGAAACUGCUUUGAAAGCUGCCAAAGUCAUGAGAAGUCCUGAUCCAAAAUAUGAGAUUGUUUUACGUUGCUUAUACCAAGCAGAAGUGAUUGUAGCACAAAUGCACUCAGUGCGAACUAAGUUCUUGUGUGAGGGAGAAGAUGAACAACAGGAAGUGCAAAAGUUCAUCCUAGAAUUGCUUGAUAGCUAUGAAGUAGAGGUACCUGGUGCAGGAAAGGGUGCUGUAGGCAAGAGAAUCAGGUAUCUCUUCUCAGAAGCACAGAAGGCUUCUCACCUAAUACCUGAAGACAGACCUGUAGGAGGUCCUCCACCAGAGGCUCAAACGCCUUCGCCUUCAGAGUUCCCUGCACCAUCUGGUAAGGAAUUCAUAUUUCGCACCACAUUUGCUCGUCCUCCCGGUACUCAGACGACACCACAACGAAUGUAUUGUGUCAUUACAAGGGAGGAAUUCCGGGUGGCUGCUGCCUUUACUGAAGAUUCCACUUUCCUCUGAGAAUGUAGAAGAAAGUACUGUACAGAAAUUUUUUUGAAAGUGCUGUACACUGAAAUUAUUGUACAGAAGAUUUUUUGAAAGCACUGUAUAUUCAUGAUACUGUACAGAACAAAUGAUUUUCCUUUCUAAUGAAGAAUUUUUACUUAUUUAUAUUGGGAUGGGUUCCAACUAUAUCUCUAGUCUUGUAUUUGCUUCUGAAUAAUAAAUAUGUUAUUUUGGAAUAA